CUUCUUGUCCUCUUAAUAAAAAAAAACAAACAGUUAGUCCUGCAUGAAGCGUCUGCGCAGGCAGCCUGCUGGUACUCAUGGUCACAUGGUGCUGCUUGGAUAUUCACCACUGGGACUGGGAGCCACUCCAGCGUGAAGUCGAGCGGGGGGGAAAACCGUGACAGUGGAGCGCGCCCUUCCAUCAUGCCUCCGAAAAGCAGGAAAGACAAGGACGGCAGUAAGUCUGGAAAGAGCAAAAGUAAAAAUGGGCCUGCUGGGGAUCAAGAAGCUAAAAAGGGGCCUCCGGCGACUCAGCUGAUGAGGGUGAAGCAGCCGGGGUCACACUCAGUUGGGAGGAGGGAGAAGAGGCUCAGUUCUUCCUGCUUCCCCCUCAGCGACAACAGGGAGCUGAACAAACUGGCUGCCCUGGCAGAUGUGGCCCCAGCUGAGCAGGAAAAGCUCUUCAUCCAGAAGCUGCGGCAGUGCUGUGUCCUUUUUGACUUCCUGUCUGACCCGCUGAGCGACCUAAAAUGGAAGGAGGUGAAGCGGGCGGCGCUGAGCGAGAUGGUGGAGUACAUUACCCACAACAGGAAUGUCAUCACAGAGCCCAUCUACCCGGAAGUGGUUCACAUGUUUGCUGUGAACAUGUUCAGAACGCUGCCUCCGUCGUCCAACCCCACAGGAGCAGAAUUUGAUCCUGAGGAGGAUGAACCCACACUUGAAGCGGCCUGGCCACACUUACAGCUCGUCUAUGAAUUUUUUCUUAGAUUUUUAGAAUCGCCCGACUUUCAACCAAACAUAGCGAAGAAAUACAUAGACCAGAAAUUUGUUAUGCAGCUUUUAGAACUAUUUGACAGCGAAGAUCCCAGAGAGCGAGACUUCCUCAAGACGACCCUCCACAGGAUCUAUGGGAAGUUCCUCGGCCUGAGAGCUUACAUAAGAAAACAGAUUAAUAACAUUUUCUAUAGGUUUAUCUAUGAGACGGAGCACCACAACGGUAUUGCUGAACUACUGGAAAUACUUGGAAGUAUCAUCAAUGGAUUUGCCUUACCUCUAAAAGAAGAGCACAAGAUAUUCCUAUUGAAGGUUUUAUUACCUCUUCACAAAGUUAAAUCACUCAGUGUCUACCAUCCACAGCUGGCCUACUGUGUGGUGCAGUUUUUAGAAAAGGAUAGUACCCUAACGGAGCCGGUGGUCAUGGCUCUCCUAAAGUACUGGCCAAAGACCCACAGUCCCAAGGAAGUGAUGUUUCUCAACGAGCUGGAGGAGAUUCUAGACGUCAUCGAGCCGUCUGAGUUUGUUAAGGUGCAGGAGCCUCUCUUUCGACAGCUGGCCAAAUGUGUGUCCAGCCCGCACUUCCAGGUGGCAGAGAGAGCGCUGUACUACUGGAAUAACGAGUACAUCAUGAGUCUGAUCAGCGACAACGCGGCAAAGAUUCUACCAAUCAUGUUUCCCGCUUUGUACCGAAACUCCAAGACCCACUGGAACAAGACGAUCCAUGGCCUCAUCUACAAUGCACUGAAGCUCUUCAUGGAGAUGAACCAGAAGCUCUUUGACGACUGCACGCAGCAGUUCAGGGCUGAGAAAAACAAGGAAAAGGCCAAGUCAAAGGAGCGCGAAGAAGCUUGGAUUAAGAUCGAGAACCUCGCCAAAUCCAAUCCACAGCUGCAGCACGGCCAGUGGAAGGAACGGCCCAUGGUGCGACGCAAAUCUGAGUUGCCUCAGGACAUCUACACCACAAAAGCCUUGGAGUCCCACCGCAGAGCUGAAGACAUGUUGACCACCCGCGACGGACUCUAGAUCCAGCCCCUCCACGACCAUGGACACCCCUCCCCGCCCAACAGCUGUUAACUUAGAUGACCCACGUUGGGAUCUCCGUUUGUUUUUGUUUUUUUUUUACCUGGAAUCCUUCGUUUUCGUCCAUUCCGGCUGCCCGUGCAGCAGCACACCGGGCCUGUGAUAAGUGCAGAAGUCCCAUCUUCACGUUCUUCAGAUUUCUGCUUUCUCAGGUUCUUUUGGUUUUAUUUGUUUGAAGGGCGUCCUUUUUGUUCACGUCUUCAAAGACCCCCCGACCCCCUUCUCUGUGUUCUUCGGCCCAUUUCCUCCCACCCCGUUGUCCCCCUCGCACUCAAGUGCGAGAACUUGGACGACUCAGUUGACACCAUUCAUUCUUUUGUUGGAAUAUGGAACUGCAAAAGCUGACGUUUUACGUACGGAUUUUGUUUUUCAUCAAAGGCAAGCAAGGUUGAAACGCAAGACUUUCCCCGUCGUUCCAUUUCCCCUCAUUUAACGGACAACUUGUCAGUGCCAAGGCGGUUCUUACUUUGAUCUACGAUUCAAACCGGGACACUUGCCUUUCGUUUUGGUCACUAGUGUUUUUUUUGUUGUUGCUGUUUUUUUUUUUUAGAGUAGCACACUUACGACCAAACUCAGGCCUGUCCGUCGCCUUGCAGUGUCCAGGAAGACGGCAAGGAAAUGGGACUUUGUCCUGUGGACAUCCGUCACUUUCCGUUUUAAAGUUUUUGGUUCACGUGCCAUUUGCCGCUCUUUUUAUAUGCUUGCUUCCUUGUGUUCACAGGCAAUAGUUUGUAAACCAGAUGGCAAUGGCGUCCCCACAGUUCAAACAAUGGUACUGCGGAAUGUGAUUUUUAGGGCGAGUCUUCUGUGGUGCAGUUUAAGAUAAAAGGGAUCAAAAAUAAUCCCGAGUAAUCCAUUAUUUCAUGCUAAAUGUAGAAACACCGAAAAUCUCCUUCAAACUUGGCCACCGUCGGAAAAGCAGUACUAUUGUUUCAACUAACGAGGUGAGCUGGAUUUUUUUCUUAUUUGAUGUGCUAGUUGUCUCGUCCCUGGAGGUGAAGUAGCGUGGCUGGGGACACGGCCCCAAGCUUUUACUCGGUGUCACACGGCCGACCACAAACACAACAUGCUGACCAGUGAACUGAAAUCGUGACUCGGCCCGUCAAAACUGUAUUAAAAACUGUAUUUGCUGGAAUGCAAAAAGUUGUACAUUUAAAGAAGUACCAUGUUAAACAUGUACCUUUUACUCUGGAGUAAUGCCAUUCAACCAAACUUGAGUUCUUCUUUCUUAAAAAAAAACACCCCAUGCUUGCUUGGGGGGGAAGAUGCUAUUUUAUGGGUUUUUAUGAGUUCUGAGGUUUUAUUUUUUUGUCGUUAAAAAACGAGUCCUUUCGAUAAAAGAGAGACUGAAAAAGUUA